UGGAUGUCAAAAAAGGACACCCAUAGUAAAACACUGUGAAAUUGAAAACAACGAUUCAGUUUUCUCCAAAUUUGAGCAGCGUAAAAAGUCUACGGAAAAGAGAGCGCUGUAAAACUUAAAACGCAAAUUCAGUUUUCUCCAAAUUUGAGCAGCGUAAAAAGUCUACAGAAAAGAGAGCGCUGUAAAACUUAAAACGCAAAUUCAGUUUUCUCCAAAUUUGAGCAGCGUAAAAAGUCUACAGAAAAGAAAGUGCUGUAAAACUUAAAACGCAAAUUCGGUUUUCUCCGAAUUUCAGUAGUGUUGAUGUUCCCCUCCCAGACUUCUCUCGAGUACCUCUCAGGAUCCUUGUACCACUGGUUGAGAAACAUCGAUUUAGAGUGUCUCCGGAGACACCAACGUGUUUGUAGCCAGAGAUGGAACAUCCACGUUUCAGUUUGAAUGUUCUUGGAUCUACCCCCUGGCCACCUGCAUCUGUUCCGGGUAGGCAGCUGUGUUCGUAGAUGGCGCCACUUUUCAGAGGUGAAGUGGAAAGGCAAGGAUUUGUUCGACUUGGUGUGCAGGACCCUCGGACUCCGGGAAACCUGGUUCUUUGGACUUCAGUACACCAUCAAGGACACGGUGGCCUGGCUCAAAAUGGACAAGAAGGUCCUGGAUCACGACGUUCCCACGGAGGAGCCGGUCACGUUUCACUUCCUGGCCAAAUUUUACCCGGAGAAUGCAGAGGAGGAGCUGGUUCAGGAGAUCACACAGCACUUGUUCUUCCUGCAGGUAAAGAAGCAGAUUUUAGAUGAGAAGAUCUACUGUCCUCCGGAGGCGUCUGUCCUGCUGGCCUCAUACGCCGUGCAAGCCAAGUACGGGGACUAUGACCCCAGCGUUCAUCAACGGGGCUUCUUGGCGCAAGAGGAGUUGCUUCCGAAGCGGGUCAUCAACCUGUACCAGAUGACUCCCGAGAUGUGGGAGGAAAGGAUAACAGCCUGGUACGCGGAGCAUCGAGGCCGGGCCAGAGAUGAAGCGGAAAUGGAAUACCUGAAGAUCGCGCAGGACUUGGAGAUGUACGGCGUCAAUUACUUCGCCAUUCGGAAUAAGAAAGGCACGGAACUGCUCCUCGGAGUCGACGCCCUGGGCCUCCACAUCUACGACCCAGAAAACCGGCUCAGCCCCAAAAUCUCCUUUCCGUGGAACGAGAUCCGGAACAUCUCCUACAGCGACAAGGAGUUCACGAUUAAACCCCUGGACAAAAAGAUCGACGUCUUUAAAUUCAAUUCGUCAAAGCUGCGGGUGAACAAGCUGAUUCUCCAGCUGUGCAUCGGUAACCACGAUCUGUUCAUGCGGCGGAGGAAGGCUGACUCCUUGGAGGUGCAGCAGAUGAAAGCCCAGGCCCGGGAGGAGAAGGCCAGAAAGCAGAUGGAGCGCCAGCGGCUGGGGCGGGGGGGAGACGAGUUGGAGCGGAGGUUGCUGCAGUUGAAGGAGGAGGCCACAAUGGCCAACGAGGCCCUGAUGCGCUCGGAGGAGACGGCCGAUUUGCUGGCGGAGAAAGCCCAGAUCACGGAAGAGGAGGCCAAGCUGCUAGCCCAGAAAGCGGCGGAGGCGGAGCAGGAGAUGCAGCGCAUCAAAGCCACGGCCAUCCGGACGGAGGAGGAGAAGCGCUUGAUGGAGCAGAAGGUGCUGGAGGCCGAGAUGCUGGCGCUGAAGAUGGCGGAGGAGUCGGAGAGAAGGGCGAAGGAGGCCGAUCAGCUGAAGCAGGACCUCCAAGAGGCGCGCGAGUCCGAGCGGAGAGCCAAGCAGAAGCUCCUGGAGAUCACCAGCAAGUCGUCUUACACGCAGCCUCUGAACUCAGGUCCCACCUCCCUGCCUGCCGACUCGCCCAGCUUCAGCCUCCUCGGCGAGAGCCUCUCCUUCGACUUCAAGGACACGGACAUGAAGCGGCACACCAUUCCUACCCAUCCUGCCCCCAGGCCAUGUGGUUUUUUUGGUGUGCCCGCCAGGGUGGAGUACCUGGAGAAGAGCAAGCACCUGCAGGAGCAGCUGAACGAACUGAAGACGGAAAUCGAGGUGCUGAAGCUGAAGGAGCGGGAGACCGCCUUGGAUCUGCUGCACGGGGAAGCCGCCGAGCGCGGCACUAGCAAACACAACACCAUCAAAAAGCUCACCUUGCAAAGCACCAAGUCCCGUGUGGCCUUCUUCGAGGAGCUCUAGGAGAUGUCCCAGCAAACCCACCACCCACCAGCCAGGACCACCUCCUGCAAGGCCGGGCUAGAAGGCACCUGCAGGUGGCGAGGCAGCCAGGAGCGGAUCCCUCUGCCUGCUGGCGGGCUGCCGUCCGGGACCCGGUGCUGUUGAGCUGCAGACAACUUGGGCCGUGGACUUUAGCAUGAUGUUCUCUAGUUUCAUGUCCCCUCCUCCCCUGGUUGGUUUCCCUCUCUUCUGCCGUUUUCAGCGCAGAGCUGCGUUCCCCCCGCCACCCGCCACCGCUCUUGUCGUCAGCAGCAUUGAUGUCUGGUCGGGCCUGUCCUGUGCUCUCCUGGGAGCCGGCAAACCGUGCUCUGGGGAAGGCCCGAAUCACGUGGCACUUUCGGCAGUUCGAGGGACAGGGAAAGCUGGGUGCGACCUUCUCACAGUCCGGCCGCCUGAUUUUGGAGGGGCGGAGAACCGGGAGCCCCCCCGGUGAUGUGCAAACCCGUCUGAUGCCGUGCUGCAACUCAGGGCGGUAGCCUCACCUAAGAGCACGAUGAGGUCUUAAGCGGCUCGGACAGCCCCAAAAAGGAGAGAUCAGGGCGAGUGGUCCAGAGCGGCUUCUCGAGGAGGAGAGAUGGAAAAGAUUUGGGUUCCUGGCGUCCCUUGAUUUCCAGGGCAGUGAAGCACCUAAAUCCACGCCGAUCCUACUGCCUCUUUUAUUUGUGGUCAACUCUGAGCUCGUGAAGCCCAAGGAAGUCGACCUGAUUGGACCAGCUCCAAAUUGCUGUCGGCCUCCUCGGCGCUGCGCUGGAUGGACCUUUGGUCUGGCCGGUCUUGAGUUCUUCCUUAAACACUAGCCCCCGGUCCCCCGCCCGCUCGUAGCAACGCCGAGCUAACACUAAGGCUCUGUCUCUUACCCGCCCCGGUCGCUUGCCUUUUUUAACGUCUCUUGACACCCCGAUGCUCUGUUUCAGGCCCCGUGGCAGCCUCACGUUGGAAUUGGCCCUGAGAAUCACCCCAUAGCCCGACUUUUAGACGACCUCAUCCCUGGGCCCUUCUAUUUAAAAGGUCCCUGCUGAUGAUUCUUCUCCCACGUGGAAGUGUCCGGGGCCGAAACUCAAAUGGCUCCAGCAAUCUGUGUCUCGAGACAGAGCCCCUUUUCCCCCUCCCGUUCCCAUGGAUUGGGACACCCUGAAAAUCCCUUUUUUUGGUUUUGCCUUUGGUUUAAUAAAAAUGCUGUUCCUUUCUCGGGAGGAGGCGUUAAAAAGAA